AUGGAUCCAGCGAAGAGUCUCCCUCGACUGACAACUAACUUGACGAACCUCCCCUUGGCUAAGAUCCCUGAGACAGGCAACAUACUGCGACCAAGCCCGCUGCCUUCGUUGUUUCCUCGAGACCAGCACAAUGAGAAUAUUGCUCACUUCACUCGUUAUAUUGCAGACCCUCAGCUGCUGUGUGCGACUCCCGACAGUGUCGUCUCACCGAUCACAAAAACGAAGUCUGCCUACUAUGAGGAGGCUUUUUCAACCCGUGGCUCCUACAACUCUCCCCAGGGCCAGGUUGCACGUGAUGCAGUAGUAGUGGCGGAACUGAAAACAAACAGCAAAGUCAAAGAGAAUGAACUCAAGCUCCUCGGUGAUCUGAUGUUUCGUCUGGCCCAGAUCUAUCAGCGGCCUGAAGCAUCCAUUUUGGUCACCGUUCAGCAGAAUGUCUUGCUGUUUUAUGGCACCACUACAAAUGCCGCUUAUCUGUUGAAGAUCUCUGCCAUUCCCAGUUUCAUUGCCCCGAUCACCAACCUUCGCAACACUAGCCUUCUUCAGAGCGCUCUGCAAGACUUGCUCUCUAUUCCACCUAGCAACGGUAUCGUCAUCUAUACCGCAGUACCCGAGGACAAUCUGGGGUUUGGUGGAUCUACCGCUGGUGCUCUGAUCUCAAGACUGGACUGCAGCUAUCAAGAUGCAAAUGUGGGUCUAUUCAAGACCAUCUCUCGCUCCGUGUCCCGGCGUAUGAAGUCGAGUAGUGAGGGUAGCGCUCCGCCCUCUCUAAACUCGAUUGAUACGGACAACUCACCAUCUGUGCUUGAAGAUGCUGCUCGAUCUUCACUCUUGGAUGAGAGGCUUGGCGAGGCAAUGGAUGUGUACAAUGGACAAUCUUUCGGACGAGAGACUUUUCGAAAUCUUGUGCGCCGUCAUCUAAAGGGAGGUGUGCUUAGAGACAAAGCCAAAGUGAAGGACGAAGAGCAAACCCAGGACAAGGAUACGAAGGACCUGGGGCCGUUGUCUAAGACACAGAUACUGACCGAGGAGCACAAGGCCGAGUCGGUUUAA